AUGGAGAUUGCGCCUGCGAACGUAGUUCUGGCAGCGCUGCCAGAGUCCGUCUUAGUUUUCUACCUCUUUCCCAGUAUCUCCGCGAAGAGUACCCUUACAUCGCUCUUCUUUGCCUUGCUGAUGAUCAACUUUCUGCUUUUCGCCAUCUACAAGCUUAUACUCUACCCUUUCCUUCUAAGUCCACUUCGUCACCUACCCCAAGCAAGUGGCUUCAAGCCACUCGUCGGACAUGGGAUCGUCAUGUUUCAGCGUCCUACCGGGCAAGCGCAUCUCAACAUCAUGAAAGCGGCACCUAACGAUGGCAUCAUCCGAACCCUGGGCUUCUUCCACACCGACAGGCUUAUCGUGAGCAGCCCUGCAGCUCUGUCAGAUAUUCUCGUGAACAAAAGCUACGAUUUUGAGAAGCCACCAUGGACGCGUGCUUUUUUACGAAAAUUCCUUGGCGAUGGCCUCCUCAUGAGCGAGGGCGGCGAGCACAAACACCAUCGCAAGCAGAUCAUGCCUGCGUUUCAUUUUCGACAUAUCAAGGAGCUGUAUCCGGUGUUUUGGUCGAAGUCGAUGGAGUUCUGCGACGCCGUUAAGACUUCGUUGGCAGAAGAUGCUUCCAAGAUACUCGAGAUUGGACACUACUCGACUCAAGUUACGCUCGAUAUUAUCGGGCUCGCCGGCCUUGGACGCGACAUCGCAUCGUUGCGCAGCAGCGAAGACGAGCUCGUCAAGAACUACGAGGAGAUAUUGGAGCCUACCGUGGAGAAGGGGAUAUAUUUUGCGUGUCAUCUCAUCUUCCCGCCGCGGCUAAUCGCCAUGUUGCCGUGGAAAUUGAACGAAAGAGUCAAGAUCACGACUGGUAACCUUAAGAGAAUAUGCACGGACUUUGUGGUGGACCGAAAGGCGAAGAUGAAGCAUGAGAGCCGCGAGAGUAGAGACAUUCUGUCUAUCAUGAUACGGAGUAACAAUUUCUCGGAUGAGAACCUCGUGGAUCAACUCCUCACUUUCAUGGCGGCCGGUCACGAAACCACUUCUUCCGCUCUUACCUGGGCAUCACACCUACUCUCCAAGCACCCAGAUAUCCAGGAUCGCCUACGUUACGAGAUCCAUGAGUACAUCCCGGACCCGCAGGCUCUCUCUGAUCCCAAUUUCGAUGUUGCUGAGCUUCUGGAAAGCAUGCCCUAUCUCAAUGGCGUGUGCAACGAGGUCCUCCGCCUAUACCCCACUAUACCGCUCACCGCACGUCUUUCCGUUCGCGACACCACCGUGACCGGCGUUUUCAUCCCAAAGGGUACCAUUGUGUUCGUGGUGCCCUGGGCCGUUAAUCGCAAUCCAGCCCUGUGGGGCGAGGAUGCCGAGGACUUUGUGCCUGAACGCUGGAUCGACAAGGCGACUGGCCGGGCGACAAUGAACGGUGGUGCAGACAGCAACUUUGCCUUUUUGACGUUUCUUCACGGGCCACGUAGCUGCAUUGGUGAGCGAUUCGCGAGGGCUGAGUUGAGGGCGUUGCUGGCCGCCUUCGUUGGCCACUUUGAGAUGGAGAUGGCUGAUCCGAACGAGCGAAUUAUUGUCGGCGGCACAAUCACAAGUAAACCGGUCAACGGAAUGAAACUCAAGCUGAGAUCCAUCAAAUGGGAAGCAUGA